AAUCGAUCAUUGAGCAUUUCCAAACACAUUCAGGUCCAGCCUGAACACUGACACACCGCCAACAAUACUUUGGGGAUCCGAUCCACAAAUAUUACAAAUAAAAUCUCAAAUUAUGGGGGAAACAUGCGGCAUGUCGCAGAUGGACGCCAAGAGCAGGCUGAUGGCCGAGUUCUCCAGCCAAUCCAGCCUGGGGCCGGAGGCACGGAUAGUGAAGCAGCAGGACGUGGACCUGUGGCAGGUCUCGGAGGCAUACCACGAGCUGAUUGCGUACAUCAACACCGUGAGCACGACUAUUCAGGGCCUGCGACUGAACGACAGCUACCCGGUCAGCCCGGCCAUAACGCGGCUGGCGGGCAUCUUCGACCAGCUGGAGGUCAUGGUCCACGCCAAUCCGCCGCUCGCGGUUGACAAAGCGGCGUCGUUUGUCAGCUCCAUCGAGCAGGGGAACAAGGCCUACCGCCGCUGGUCGCGCAGCAUGCUUCGGAGCAUCUACCCGAUGGUGGAGAAGGCGGUGCCCGCCAGCAAGUGCCACUACGUGAACGAGCUGGGCCAGUACCUGUCCGGCUCGUUUGGCAACGCCACCAGGAUCGACUACGGCACCGGCCACGAGCUGAGCUUCCUCUUCUUCCAGUGCUCUCUCUUCCGAGCGCAGAUCCUGCAGGAGGAGGACAUAGCCGCCUCGGCCCUGGUGAUCUUCGCCCGAUACCUAAAGUUUGUGCGGCGUCUGCAGGUGACUUACACCAUGGAGUCGGCGGGCAACAACGGGGCCUACUCCCUGGACACCUUCCAGUUCGUUCCGUUCCUCUGGGGCGUGGCCCAGCUGAGCUACGCGGCUCCCUUCCCGCCGCUCCAAAUGCUCGACGCGGACGUGAUUUCCCGCUACAAGUCGGAUUACCUGCUGAUCGGCUGCGUCAGCCACGUGUUGGACACCAAGAUGGGCCCCUUCGCCAUGCACUCCAGCCAGCUGUGGAGCCUGGCCGCCCUCUCCUCCUGGUCCAAGAUCCACCGCGGCCUGCUCUUCAUGUACCUCGACGAGGUGCUGACCCAGUUCGAGAUCUUGCAGCACAUCCGCUUCGGCAAGUUGAUGCCCUUCAGCGAGGCCAAAAACGGACGACAGCUGGAGCAGGCUAAGCUGGGGGUCAUGUCCCCGCUGCGCCGUCGGCAGUUGGAACUCAACCUCGGGGAAGAGGAUCAGCGCCAGAAGGCUCCAGAUGAGCACCCACAUAAGAAGUCGGCGAAGUCUGCGCAACAGAUCGGGUCUCCGUCCUUGGGGAGCACGGAGUUUAAAGAUUCGGAGAGCAUUCUAUCCGUCGGCACCACCAACACCAGCCUGACGGAUGCGAGUGUCCAUCUACGGGCACCGUCCAAGGAUGAUGUUGAGGCUGUUGACAAGCCGCUAUAGUCUAUAGUCUCCACCUCCUCCAGAUGGAGGAGUUCGUUUUGUUGUUGGCAUAAAUAAAAUUGAGUUGCAGUU